UCCUCCAUUUCCUCCACUCUAACAGACAAGUGAACACUGGACCAGGUUGAUAGACAGACAAACAGACACAGACAUACAAAGACUACCGUGAUGCCGCUGGGGAAGAAAGUUCGCCCUUCUUCAGCUGCUGGGAAACUAGAGAUUCAGAAUGUGUCCAGCGUCUUUGCUGAGCUGGGGAGUGCAGGAGAGCGAGGGACUAAGAUGUCGGGGCCAGAGCAGCGGGGAGAGAGAUCGGAGCCUGGUGUCGCGAGGGCGUACCUGGGGGCCGUGUCAGAGGACAGGCCACCUCCUAAGUGGCUGGAGCGUGAGCUGCUGAGACAGGAGAACCGUCGCCACUCUGUAACCAUGGGAGACCAGGUCAAACUGAGGUCACGACUACUCUACAGUGACGAUCCCACACGCAGCCUCAGCAAGCUCAAGAUUGAGCAGAGAGUAUCCCUUGAAAGCCUGACAAAGCUCAAGCUGGCAUUUGAGGAAUUUGAGAUGGGUGGCCUGAGAUCACUGGAUGUGUUCAACUUUGGACUGAUAGUGAAGAAGUGUUUGGGCUUACACAACAUAAACAAUGCCCAGAUCCAAGAACUAUUCAGGAAGAUCGAUUAUUCUGGCCAGGGGAGGAUUGAAUGGGACGAGUUCUGUACGUACAUGCAGUUGGAGUACACAGAGAAGGAGGAGUCAGUGUUGCGCGGCAAACAGGUGGCGUUCUCCCUGCCAGCCACGGUCAGGGCCCUAAGCCACGGAGAGCCCGUUCUGCGCGUCCACCCCACCCCCGAUGGCACCAUCAUCACCGUCCGCGAGGAUGGGGCCGUCUACUACUGGAGCCCCGAGCUCAACCUGAAGAGGAGCAAGAGCGUGUUUCAUGAAAGACCUGUGAGCAGAAAACCAAAAUGGGCAACUGAUUUUACCACCAUGCCACAGUACAACAAACUUAUCAUGGGAACAGGAGACAGAGAGAUCCAGUUGUAUGAGCUGUCCUCUCUAGAGCCGUACUGUCAGAUCAGUUCCCUGGAGACAGUCCCUCUGAGACUGGACUACUGCUACACUGGACCUGAUGAGUGUUCUAUUUUGUAUGGAGACUCCCAGGGCUGCGUGAAUAUUAUAUUAAUUACAUCCGUGGGGGAGACUCUGAGAAUGUGGAAGAAAUUACCAAAAAUUGAGAAUGUGCCUAACAUAGGGAUAGACAACGCAGUGAUUUCUCAGAAUGUGACAUACAUUCGAUGGAAGGUCCACGAGGACUGGGUGACAAAGGUGAAAUAUUUUCCAAACAUUUGUGCGAUUGUUUCCACCUCCAAUCAUGAAGCCUCUUCCCUCGUCAUAGGCUGCGUUCUCCCGUCCACCAACAUCGAGCAGCAGAUGAGGGAGAUCAGGGAGGUGUGUCGGGAUGGGAAGGCCAAGAGGGCCCUUUCUAAUAACAACGGGUCUCCUCAGCCCCGGGCACCAUGUGACCAGACCGUCUUCCCUGUCUACAAGGGCGUCAUGACCUUUGACCUCAGCAAACAGCACAACCUGCUGGUGACCGGAGGGAUGGACAGGGUGCUGCGUCUAUGGAACCCCUACGUCCCUGGGAAGCCCACAGGUGUGUUAAAGGGACACUCUGCUCCCAUCUUCUACCUCUUCAUCUCCUCAGAGGAAAACCGUAUAUUUUCUGUCUCUAUGGACAACACUGCCAAGAUCUGGGAUAUCCAUGACCAAAGCUGCCUCAUCACAGCCCACCCCAAAGCCAGCCUUAUCCGUGGAGACAUGUCUGCAUGCCUGUAUUCUCCUUCCACCAAGGCACUGUACAUCGCAGCAGACUCACUAGCGCUGCUCUCUCUCAGGACCAGCCCCCAGCCCCAGGGACAUCUGAUCGUGUCUCACAUGGAGCCUGUGUUGUGCUGCGGCUAUAGCCACGAGUUCAGACAGGUCGUCAGCUGCACAGAAGGAUCCGUGGUGAAGGUGUGGGAUUUCGACACAGGGAGCCAUGUGUUUGAGUUUGGUGGUGCCCACGGACAGUCUGCCAUUACCUGUAUGACUUUUGACCCCAAGGGAAGGAGACUGGUCACUGGGGGGAGAGAUGGCUUUCUAAAGAUCUGGAACUUUAACAAUGGUCAAUGUCUGAAGAUACUAAAAAAGGAUGGGGUGUCCAGCGAGGUGUGUGACUGCGCCUACCUGACAGUCCACAGAAACACGUAUGUGAUGUCUGUUGGAUGGGACCGCAGGAUUGACAUCUACUCUGAUUCACCAGACGAGCCUCACCACAUCCAGAAGCCUCAGCCCUCAUGGCAAGAUGAUCUGAGGAGGGGCCACAUAGAGGACAUCCUGUGUGUGGCCCAGUGUCCCCCCUCCCUUCUGGCCACCAGCAGCUAUGACGGGGAGGUCAUUGUGUGGAACCUGGUCUCCGGACACAUCCAGUGUCGCUUUGCCAGCCCUCUGCAACCUGACUGCUGCCAUGCCCAAGGGAUGGAUACCUGUGUUCCCAGCGUCAUCUUCCUGAGGAGCCGAGCAUUACAUGCUAAGUUCUCCUCCGCUGCAUGCCUCCUGUCCUCAGGACCCACAGGUUGCAUUAAUUUCUGGAACGUGCUCAACGGUGGGAAAUUAUUGGCCAACUUCGAGGCAUCUAGGUUCCAGCAGCUGAUCACUAAACUGGCAGUGACAAAGGAAGAUACCUCACUGUAUGCGGCUGACCAAGUUGGCUAUGUCUAUGUUUAUGACAUAAAGACAUACGCUCUUGGCUCAGAGAGAACCCCACCGAGAGCUGAAAACUACUGGCGUGCCCAUACUGGCAGCAUCACCGGGUUGCAGAUUGUUGACAAUGACCAAGUACUGCUCACCUCGUCUAUAGACUGCACUGUGCGCCUGUGGAGUGCCUACGGAGAGUUCAUAGGGACGUUUGGGCAGCGGGACAAUUGGAGCAUCCACACCCCUUCCUCCUGGAAGCAUCCUGCCGUUCCCUAUGAGAUCCUGAUCGACCCUCUGAGCAUGCCAGCUCACCACAUCCUGGAGGGAAAGACCAGAGUGUCCGAUGUCAUUAACGCUGACAACUCUGAGGCCACUAGCACCGAGCCAAAGUCCAACUCGCCCAGCAAGCUUAGACACCCUCCACUGUCCUUCAGUGACACAGACAUCAUGGAGGAGAUGAAAACCUCUUGUUACACAGAAGAACAUGGUAAACGACUCCGACAUGAAAUAUUCAAGCAUACUAACAAGCCACCCAAUCAUGGCGGACCCAAGGCCUACCACACUCUCAAGUACUUUGAUAUCGUCGACACCCCGACUACCUGCGAGAGGCCUGAUCUUUCCCUGGCUGGCAUAGAUCCUUUCAUGUCCAGCUUUGUGGAACAGGAGUCGGCUGAAUUCCAAUAAGAUCCCAAUUGUAACAGGAAAUCAAACUGUGACCAUAGGUCCUGUGCACCAUGAACUCAACAUGCUUCAAGGACAGAGGAGUUACAACACCAUCACAAGUAAUCAGAAGUGCUGAAAUGUUAGCUGUUGCACAACUUUAAAGAGUUGCACAGUCCUGGAUUGAUUCGGGGAGACAGGGGUUUGUAUUUCUCAGCAUCAGUAUACCUUACAAGACUAUUUUCAAUAAGAUUAAGACCAAGGUCUUGGGUUGAAAUGGGGGACCAUUUCUAUCCUCAUAUCUUAUUCCAACAUGGAGUUAUAAGCCAUUUGUCACACUCUGGCCUUUGUUAUAUUGAUUUUCUUUAUUAGUUUAGUUAGGUCAGGGUGUGACAUGGGAUGUUUGUGUGUUUUUGUCUAGUUUAGGGUGUGUGUAUUGUUUAGGGGGGUUUGUAGUAUGUAUGGGGUUGUGUUCAGUGUAGGUGUUUAGGAAAGUCUAUGGUUGCCUGAUUUGGUUCUCAAUCAGUGACAGCUGUUUAUUGUUGUCUCUGAUUGGGAGCCAUAUUUAAGGCAGCCAUAGGCUUUAGGUGUUUGUGGGUAAUUGUCUAUGUUGAACGUUUGUAGCUUGUGUGUGCACUAACGUUUGUAGCUUCACGGUUGUUUUGUUUUGUAAAAGUGUUUGUUUCGUGUUUCGUCAUCUCUAAUAAAAGAAGA